AUGGAGCGCGGCCGUCCCGCCAGCAGCCCACGCAGCGCCGAGCCCGCCCCGUCGGCCGCCGCCGCCGCCGCCCGCGACCCGAGCCCGGGACGGAGCGGGGCCGGCCAGACAGGCUCCGGCGGGGUCGCCGCGCGCUCCGGGGGUGGCCGGCCUGCCGCCGCGAACGCCGCCCGGGAGCGCAGCCGCGUGCAGACGCUGCGGCACGCCUUCCUGGAGCUGCAGCGCACACUGCCGUCGGUGCCGCCCGACACCAAGCUGUCCAAGCUGGACGUGCUGCUGCUGGCCACCACCUACAUCGCCCACCUCACCCGCAGCCUGCAGGACGACGCCGAGGCGCCGGGAGACCCCAGUCUGGGCGCCUUGCGAGGCGACGGCUACCUGCACCCAGUUAAGAAGUGGCCCAUGCGAUCAAGAUUGUACAUCGGCGCUACUGGUCAGUUCCUGAAGCACCCUGUCUCUGGAGAAAAGGCAAAUCAUAGCAACACCCCGACAGCCUCACAGCCAUAGGCUGUCUCCUGGGGGG